UACGGUAACCUCACCUCCCCCUCCACCGCCCGCAAACUGUUCGACGAAAUUCCCAACCCAAACACCCACCUAUUCAACUCCAUCCUCCGAUCCCACUCCAAAUCCCACCAAUGGCAUCGAUCCCUCCUCCUUUUCCCGCGCAUUUCCAAACCCGACCCCUUCACUUUCCCCAUCGCCCUCAAAUCCUGCGCCAGUCUCGGCGAGCUCGGCCUCGGCCAAGCCAUCCACGGGCUCAUAAUCAAAACCCCGUUUGCUAGCUUGGAUAAGUUCGUGGGUGCCGCACUUGUUGAAUUUUAUUCAAAAUGUGGUGUGAUGGAUGAUGCUGUUGUAGUUUUUGAUGGGUUCACGAACCCGGAUGCUGUGCUGUGCACUUCGGUGGUUACCGGGUUUCAGCGAAAUGGCUAUGCUGAUGAGGCUGUAAAGUUUUUUUCUUUAAUGGUGGUUGAGAAUGCAGUGAUUCCUGAUCCUGUGACUGUCAUAAGUUUGGUUGCAGCGAUUGGGCAAUUGGGGGAUUUGAGGGCAGCGAAAUGCUGUCAUGGGUAUGUGAUUAGAAUGAGACUGGUGUUGAGUUUGUCGCUGAUGAAUUCGUUUUUGAAUUUGUACUCGAAAUUGGGAGCCGUUUGGAGUGCAGAGAAAAUGUUUGAGGAAAUGCAUGGAAGGGAUUUAAUCAGUUGGAGCUCGAUGAUAGGUUGUUAUACACGUAAUGGGGAGCCGAUUAAAGCAUUGGAAAUUUAUCGAAGAAUGCCAUUGGAACCCAAUGAAAUUACUGCAAUUAGCGUUAUUCAAGCGUGCACGCUUGCUCUCGAUUUAGAAGAAGGAAAGAAAAUCCAUAAGCUUGCAGUACAAAAAGGCUUUGAAUUGGAUACUGCAGUCUCAACUUCUCUCAUCGAUAUGUACAUGAAAUGCUCAUGUUAUACCGAGGCGAUGAGUCUCUUUAACAGAAUGCCAAAAAAAGAUACAGUUUCAUUUGCUGCGGUUAUCAGCGGAUGUGCUCAAAAUGGCUAUGCCGACGAAUCCUUAAAAUUUUUCGUUACUAUGUUAUCAAAUGGAGUUGAGCCUGAUGCGGUUACAAUGGUGAAAGCUCUAACGUCAUGCUCACAAUUAGGUGUUCUUCGUCAAGCUCGUUGCUUUCACAAUUACUCAAUCAUAAGCGGUUUCGAGAAUAAACCCUUCAUUGGUGCUGCCCUUGUAGAUUUGUACUCUAAAUGUGGUAGCUUAGAUGAAGCUGUUAAACUAUUUGAUAUCAUCAAUGAGAAAGAUGUAGUGGUAUGGAGCUCAAUGAUCGCUGGAUAUGGCAUUCAUGGGCUCGGUAUCAAAGCCAUUGAAACCUUCAAUCAUAUGAUUCAGUCUUCAGUGAAUCCUAAUAAUGUAACAUUUGUAUCAGUCUUAUCAGCCUGUAGUCAUUCUGGUUUAGUUUCCCAAGGGAAAAGGAUAUUUGAUAGUAUGAGCAAAUAUUUUGGAUUGAGUCCUGUUUCAGAGCAUUAUGCAAUAAUGGUUGAUCUCCUUGGUCGCAAUGGAGAGCUUAGCGAAGCAAUGGAGCUCGUUGAGAAAGCUUUGGGCUCGAUAAGGCCUCAUGUAUUGUGUGCAUUGCUUGCUGGGUGUAGGGUACAUGAAAAUGUCGAGAUGGGGAAGUCGGUAGGGAGAAUUUUGCUCGAUAUGGAGCCUAAACAUGCUGGGUAUUAUAAUUUGUUGAGUAAUUUGUAUGCAUUUGAUGGGAUGUGGAGUGAUGCUGCAGAGGUUAGAGGCUUGAUGAAGGAGAGAGGGUUGAGGAAAAAUCCUGGGUAUAGCUUGAUUGAGGUUGGUAAUGAGGUGCAUAGUUUUUUGGCAGGGGAGGGAGUGCAUAGAGCGUGGGAGGGGAUUUGCGAGAUUUUGAAGAGGUUGGAGAUGAGAAUGAGAGGGGAAGCUUGUGUUGGUGAUCAUGUGAAGAUUGAGGAUGUUCAGUGGGAAUUGUGAAAUUAUUCACUGACAAAAUCUUUUUUUUCCCCUAAUGGAAACGGUUGUGCUUUUAUUAA